AGGAGCGUCACCAAAGACAACACAACACCACUAUAAGAUGGUCCAAAUGCCAGGCGUCUGCUGAGAACCAUGGAUUGGAAGAAGCUUCAAUCACAGGCCACCUCGGUCGCUAAAGCCACAGGUACUGCUGCCAAUUCUGCCUACAAAGCUGGGAAAUCCAAAUACGCUGCAUCUAAUGGUGCAUCCAAUAGUGCAUCAACUUCUAGCACGAUGCCAGCUAGCUCAACUCCAAGUCAGAAGCCACAUACGAUGAUGGCACACGCUCCCUCUGCUGCUCAGGAAGUUCCACCUGCUCUACCGCCACGGCUGCCGUCACGCACGGUAGGAGUCGCGCCUGCAAAAGGCGACCAGAUCAAUACGAUCCCACCACACUUACCAUCGCGCUCAGAAGUGGCUGGCAGACAAGCAGCUAUUCGAAGCACUUUUGGUACUGCAGUCUCACAAGAAGAAUUGCAAUUAGGCCCCAAAUUGAAGCGUGCGCCACCGCCAGUUCCACCUCCAAAGCAGAACAAGCCUCUCGUCCCUUCUCGAACGCGACCGGGAGCCAUUACAACUACAAGCCAACAGGAUGGCAUUCAUGCUGACUGUCUCAAGUUCUCUCUAUUCAAAGAUCCACAACUGGCUCGUGACCUUGAUAUUCCUCUCUCACCUGCUUGGUUUGCGCAACAACCGCUAAUUCUACCAAACAUCUUGACCACAGGUAGCUAUACCUACGGUUCUGGCGGCUCAGGAUACCCUGGCAAUAUGAACUACACACAGACCUACGCUCUGCAGCAUGCCGACUUGUCUCAAACGCAAGUCAGACUGCAGUACAAUGAGCGCGACCCUCAAGGCACCGUUCAGAUUGAGCAACGACACCUACCAAAACCCAAACCACUGCCGACAGCUGAACUCAUUGCGUGUGCGGAAAGGUAUGGGCCUGCACUUGUCGCGUACUGUCGUGCACAUUGGGGUCAGCAAGUUGGCAAUGGCGAAUGCUGGACAUUGGCCAGUGUUGGCCUGAAAUCCGUCCCCGGUGCUUUGGAAUCACAAGGCGUGAUCCAUGGUCAUCCAAUCUAUCAGUGUGAGGCUGGGGGUGCACCUGUUCAGAUUGAUGUACUCAGACCUGGUGAUGUGAUUCAAUACUGGAGCACAAAGUUUCAUGACAGAUCAACUGGCAGUAUGAGCUGGGCUGGCAUGCCUGAUCACACGGCCAUCAUCACCUCAACUCUACCGGACAGACAUUCAAGUCAGCUAGAAUUCCCAGGAGUGACUUGCAUUGUCGCCGAGCAGAAUGUCGGUGGGGUCAAGCGUGUUCAAGAAGGGCGCAUCGCUCUGAACAACCUGGUCGAGGGUAUCGUCACUGUCUACAGACCAGUGUCAGCAAGCUGGCUGCGCGACUUGACUGCACAAUGGUGAUUCAGAUCACUUGCUUGGACUUGCUGAUGCGCAAUAUCAAAAGGCUGUCCUCCAUAAGCCCGUCGCUGGUGAUGGCUUCUUUGUGGCUUGAGAUUUUGAGGGUAUCGAAACCAAGAGUCACAGCGCCACCAGCAAUAAGAGCUUGAGCCUUUUCACCGGACUCAGCAGAGCCUGUGGCGCGAAGAAUAGCAGCGACUGUGUUGCUGAUUACAUCCUUGCUUGGCAGCUUGACCAGGUAAGCAGGGUUAGGCCUUAGGGGUGCAUUUACAAACAAAGAGAGAACCGGAAACUAAGCAUUGAGCAUCUUCUUGGCAAAGUGAUGUAUCACCUGCUCCAGACAGCUGCAGCUGGACAAUCGCAAAUUAGCAAGGUCAGCUGCGCUCUGCAGGACUCAGGAGUAAGUGCCUCAUUUCCG